GCUAUCCACUGCGAUUGCUCGGAGUGUGCAUCUGAAAAGGACUUCACAGCAGUAUUAUAUCUACAGCCACUUAUUUGAUUUACUCGCCAUCUCUAUUUCUGUCUAUUGAACAAGUUUUCGAAGAAGAGAGUUCAGCUUCCGCAUCAUGGUCGAGGGUCAAACAGCCGUGCAGCAACAGCAGCAGCAACCAUCCGGAACGGGCGGUGCCAGCGGCGUAGGAAGCACCACCGGAUCUGGCGGAGGACCGACUCCGGCUAACAAUGUGACCAACAGCCAGGCCCAAACCAAUGGAGGCACCACUGCGGCAACGACUGCGGCAGCGGGAACCGGAUCGACAACAAAUGCGACCGCUGGCCAAGCCUCUGCAAACAAUGCGGCGAACAACAACAACAAUAAUAAUAACAACAACAACAAUAACAACAACGCCACUGCAAACAACAACAAUAAUAAUGAACCAGAUCCAAAGACCAAUUUGAUUGUGAAUUACUUGCCACAGACGAUGUCGCAGGACGAGAUUCGUUCGCUGUUCGUUAGUUUUGGCGAGGUGGAAAGCUGCAAGUUGAUUCGCGACAAGGUGACAGGCCAAAGCCUGGGUUAUGGAUUCGUCAACUACGUUAAGCAGGAGGAUGCGGAAAAGGCAAUCAACGCGUUGAAUGGCCUCCGGCUGCAGAACAAAACCAUCAAGGUCUCCAUCGCACGCCCCAGCUCCGAGAGCAUCAAGGGUGCCAAUCUCUAUGUAUCGGGUCUUCCAAAAAAUAUGACACAGUCGGAUUUGGAAUCAUUGUUCAGUCCAUACGGCAAGAUCAUAACCUCGCGUAUUCUUUGUGAUAAUAUCACUGGUCUCUCCAAGGGCGUUGGCUUUAUACGCUUCGAUCAGCGAUUUGAGGCCGACCGGGCCAUCAAGGAGCUAAACGGCACAACUCCGAAGAAUUCCACCGAACCGAUAACCGUCAAGUUCGCCAACAAUCCCAGCAGCAAUAAGAACAGCAUGCAGCCCCUGGCCGCCUACAUAGCGCCCCAAAAUACCCGCGGCGGACGAGCAUUUCCGGCCAAUGCUGCUGCCGGAGCGGCAGCCGCCGCCGCCGCAGCUGCCAUUCAUCCCAACGCGGGCCGUUACAGCUCCGUAAUCUCGCGCUACUCACCGUUGACCAGUGACCUGAUCACCAAUGGCAUGAUCCAAGGCAACACCAUUGCCAGCUCCGGCUGGUGCAUUUUCGUCUACAAUCUGGCGCCCGAGACCGAGGAGAAUGUGCUGUGGCAGCUGUUUGGACCCUUCGGCGCCGUGCAGUCAGUCAAGGUGAUUCGUGAUCUGCAGAGCAACAAGUGCAAGGGCUUCGGCUUCGUCACCAUGACAAAUUACGAGGAGGCCGUUCUGGCCAUUCAGUCGCUCAACGGCUACACACUUGGCAACCGAGUGCUUCAGGUCAGCUUCAAGACCAACAAGAACAAGCAAACGUAAUUAUUAACCAAGUUGGCUGCUGUUGUCAAUGCCAAUGCGGCGGCGGCAGCUCUGGCGGCCAAUGGUCUAGUCCUCCACAAUCAUCACCACCACAGCAACAUCGGUAGCAUCAACAACAAUAAUAAUAGUAACAGCAACAGCAAUGGCUAUCAACUUGGCAAAUACGUUAAUCACAACAGCAACAGCAGGCAGCACAACAUCAACAACAGUAACAACAGCAAUACGAGCAAACAGAAGCAAGCAUCCUCGAGCAACAAGCAACAAUCAAUGGCGCCACCUAAGAGAUUAGCAGGCAGCACUGCAGCAACAUCGGGAGAUAUGGCCGCCACUGCCACCAACAGCAGCAGCAGCAGCCACUCAAUGUCCAGUGGCGAUGCCGGAGCCACCGCAUCCUCCUCGUCGUUGUCGAGCAACAACAUACUGAAGACAUCGACGAAAUUCAUAUACAAUAAGCCCCAAAAUCAGUACGAGUUGCUGCAGCAGCAGCUGCAGUUGCAGCAGGAGUUCGCCCAGUUCUUGACCAAUGUAGCCAACACCGCCGCAGCUCCUCCGCCCAGCAACAACUCGUCCACGAGCCAGCGGAAUGGCAUCGGCAUGUCGGCCAAUUCAUCCGGUGGCGGUUCGGGCAACAAAAACAGUAACAACAGCAAUGGCUAUAUGCCAACCUGGUCUAAUUGGUUCUUUUAAAGUUUACUUUGGUUUGUCAUCAGCCCAUUUCAAGGAUUCUAUGUAAUUUUAGGCAACGAUUAAUUGGACUCAGUUUGAAGAACGCGAGUAACCGGACUUGUUCAUUUUUUGAGUUAAGAAUUUGUUUUUCAGUGAAGUAACAGUAACCAUAACUUCUUUCGUUAGCUAAGUUUGGAAAUCCCUUCUUUUUUAUUUGCUCUUAUUUAUCGUAGAUUAGAUUCAAUUUGUAGAACUUACAUUUUUUCGUUGAUGCACUUUUAAAACGUCUAGUCGACUCUCCCAAAGAGAAUAGCUUCCAGAGAGAAAGGAGGAAACAGAAAAGAUAGAGCUGUAGUUAAGUUUUUGUUUGAGAUGUAGAAGAAACAUACUCUACGGAUAUUUUUAAACAGAGAAUAAAAAAUACAAUUCGCAGGCAUUGAAGCCCCAAUCCACCAAAGAAAGAAAACAAACUUGACAAAUAUUUAAGCUAUAAAUAAAUGUAUAAAAUGAGAUACGAAAACAGAACUGAAUGCGUAAACAGAUAGAGGCGUUUGGCUUAUAGUCAAACCACUUUGCAAAUAUAGACAAUGCAGAACGAGAAGGAAGCUAGAUGCGAAAAACCAAAUAAAAAAGCAAAACAAAUAAGACAUACAUGUGUUUAUGUUUUAUAAAUUAAAUGUAUAACUUUUGCUAAAAAUAAAUGAUGUAUGCAUAAUAUAACAAUUAAA